UCCCGAACUCAUUUCUCUUUCCAAAUUUGAGACUUUUUUCAUUGCGAAAAAUCUCAUCCCAUUCUCAAGCUAAGCAGAUGUAAUUUCUUUGCCUCAAGAAAGGUACAUUCUCCAAGAUUCGAUUGUUCUCCUUCCUGAGUGAAGAUUCAUUCUAGGUCUACUACAAGAUGUCGUGUUACAGCAAAAUGACAAAAGAAAAUAGAGGCUUCCAUAGUCGCACCUCCUCCUCGUCCGUGUCCGUACAACGUAGGCAGAACAAGAUGUCCUCUGCACUUGUGUUGCUUGCUGCGGCGGACUUCAUCACGACUAUCGUUGAGGGAAGUGGGACUGCGAUCGAGAGGGAGUAUGUCACAGAACCGGUGGCCGCGAGUUUGGCCGGAACCUUGAAGGCCCACAACGUGAUGCGGUGCCGUCACCGCAGCAGCGACACGAAGUGCGAAUCUCCGGAUCUGCAGUGGAGUGCGAUUUUGGCCAAAACAGCGAAAUUGUGGACUGAUGUUAAGGCUAGCUAGAAGGAAUCGAAUCCAUCUUCACAGGCAUCGUCAUUCUUGGUCCUCCCGUUUUUAAACAGAAAAGGGAUCCCAACAAGAUGCUGCUGAAGAUGGAUCUCUCUUAGUUCUAAUGACGAGAUGACUACAGGAGGCAAAGGCUGGGGCCACUUCGUGGAUUUGGCUCCCGCCGGUUGGGACGCCUCGACGCUCAACUCUUUGGGCGCGCCUGGUUGGAUGACGAAGAUCGGUGAAAAUUUGGCGACGGGUUUCACUACCGGAAUCGACGCCACCGCCGCUUGGUACGCUGUUGAGCUGCACUGCUACGACUUCGAUGCCCACAGUGGCAAAGGGGCGUCGGAAUUGACCUGUGGGGGUGUCUGUCCCGCUGGAGCGCCGAAGAGCACGAAUUGUGGAGGGCUCGUUACUCCUCAAUUUGGUCACAUGACGCAAGUGAUCUGGUCCGAUACUCGUUACGUUGGCUGUGCCUACAAGGAAUGGAAUGGGCAAAAAUACCACACCUGCCACUAUUGGCCUUCCGGAAACGGCUUCGAGACAACCAACGUUUUUCCAGACAAGAACCACGCAGCGAACGUGAUCAACCUGUACUCUACGCGCGACGCAACGUGCGGUUACACUUGCGAGGGGUGCGGCAAAGCCGAUACAGCCUACAAACUGAAAAAUAUUGCGUUGACGCCGGUUCCGUCCGACGACCAAUACGCUUGCGCCGAUGGGGCGACGACCUGCACCACAACUACCACCUCUUUGUUUCUGCAGGCCGAACUCAGCUGGCAGGUCUUUGCCAGCAAAUUGACCGGGGUAAAUCUAGUUAAGGCUUUCCGUAGUGUUGAUCUCCCAUUUUGAGAGAAGUCAUCCCAGUAGAAGGGGAACUACACACCUCUACUCCAGGAUGCACUUUCAAUCUUGAGGUGGAUCACUAGGUGGGCGAGCUCUAAUCCAGACUCCUGGAAGCCGAAUGCAGCCAACGCCAUCGCCAACUGGUGGGCGCAGGGUCCCGGGUUGACCUUCGUCACCAGGGAUCGCAUCACGGUGGACACGAUCACAUCGACUGACUCCGCUCCGACGAACAGCGCCUCUAGCUAUACCGCCUAUGCGGCCGCGUCGAAGCGCCUGAGUUUCAAGUACACGGUGAAAGUUAAGCCUCCUACUCUUUCUACGCCUGCCCCCCAUAGAGAGAAUAUUGGGCGACAUGGAUGGGUCCCAUCUUGUUCAGAAGAUGAUGGUCCUUACAUCUAGUCAGAUUGUCGAAUAGAUUCACAUCGUCAGCACUUACAUCUAUAAUCUUGGAGCUGUACUAGAAACAUCUAUAAUCUUGGAGCUGUACUAGAAACAUCUAUAAUCUUGGAGCUGUACUAGAAACAUCUAUAAUCUUGGAGCUGUACUAGAAACAUCUAUAAUCUUGGAGCUGUACUAGAAACAUCUAUAAUCUUGGAGCUGUACUAGAAACAUCUAUAAUCUUGGAGCUGUACUAGAAACAUCUAUAGUCUUGGAGCUGUACUAGGUAAAUGAAUGAAUGAAUGAAUGAAUGAAUGAAUGAAUGAAUACUAGAAGCCCUGUCCUCCUAUAUGAGAGCAAGUGGGAGAGAGUGAAAUAAGAGGAAGGUCGUGCUCCAUGUCUUCGAAGUCUUAGAAUUUAAGUAUAAGUAAUAGCUCAAGGAUAGCUGCGCUAAAGUAUAGAUACAAUAGCACGACGACAACUACGACUCUUAGAGUUAGAUCAGUUUAUACAACUCAGUUAUUUUAGUUGUGCGACUCUGCAGCCCGACAACAAGAUUACGAGUUUCAAGUAAAGAGUUUUCUCAAGUAGUCAGAUGUAUUCAGAUAUAGGAGCUCUAAGUAAGCCGUCGACAAGAUUGAAGCUUGCGCGAUUGCGCGUCGCAUGUACGUGGAGCAAGGCGUACCUGUCGAGCAGCUAGUCCCGGAUCCCACUCUUCAGAAUCCUACGUUGCACUCCAGUAUCUCUAUUCGUUUCGCGGAGGAAAACGUCUUUAACGAUGCUUCUGGUGGGGUGAUACCUUUUUUUUAAGGCUACCGCCAGAUGAGUAUUCUCAGCGUCAUCUUUGGCCUCUUUUUCAAGGGGAAAAAGAAGUACCCUCCAAGGAUCACAUGGUUCCCAAAGAGGAAGAUGCGAACGCGGUAGCUCUAAUUAGUUCAGUUGGAAGUCGCGCCUCAGGUUCUAGCCGACGGCUCUUGUGGUUUGUGUUCGGGACUGCCAGGGAUGGCUGCGACCUGUCUUUAAGGCUCAAUACAUUCGUUUGAAAGGGUGUAGAAAUGAUCUUGGUCUUCUUCGGUCAGCAUCAUCAUCAUCGUCAUCAUCAUCAUCAUCAUCAUCGUCAUUUCUCCAAGCCUUUUCUCCCUGUUUCCUCCUUAGGAUCAUUCGGAGAAAUGGAGGCACCGGCCUAGGUGGAUAGGAUUCAUAGGCGUAGUGUAGGACUUGCUAAAAACAAAAUAUUCCAAUUACAAACUUUGUUACAAACUAAUAUAUAAUGUAAAAAAUAUUCCUAAUAUCAAAAAAUUAAUUUUGUACUCUCUAUCUCUAAGGCCUCGAUGGAACAGGAACUGCCGACAAUUGGUUAAGCGGACUCUCACUCUUCUCUGCUGGUUCGUCUCUCACGGCGUCCACGAUGAGAUCCACGCCUCUCGGAUUACCCGCCACUUGCUUGGCCGGCUCGGGCGGUUCUGUUAAGGCAUCAGGUAGUCCAUCUUCAGAAGCAUCUUGGGAUAUCUAUUCUCCUAAGGAGAGGAAAAAAAUGUAGCGCAGGAUGGCUUCCAAGAUGGGUUUCGGAAAGGUCUAAUUCUGGUGCCGCAAGUCCGGCUGAUACGGCAGCCACGAAGACGACGGUGAAGUCCUCGACGAAGUUGACGUUUGACGUGCCCAGUUGUACGUCUACGCUGCUCAAUGACACCUAUGGAGGGGCCGUGGCCACUGGCGUGAAAAAUUACGUGAACGCGACGUCCGCAGUGGUGACUAUCACUGGCGCUACCUGUGGCUCCCGAUUGCGUCGUAACUUGUUGGAGGAGCACUCUUCCUCGGACAAGAACCUGCGUUUGCUCGCUGCUGCUCCGCACGAUUUCGUCUACGACAUUACUGGCUUCACGACUGCUGCUGAGGUGACCUCCGCUACGACGUCGUUGAACAAUGCUAUGUUCGGGGCGGACGCGACGGCUCAAGCCGCCAUGCUCAGUGAGGUGAACACCGCGUUGUCGACUGCAUCACUGGGUGUAACUGUUUCGGCUCUCACCGCAGGUUCCGUUCCAACUGCCAUUAAGGGUUACAGUAUUUCAUCUCAAGGAGCAUCUUCUUUGACUUCUUUUCUUCAAAGGAAAGAAAGAUCUUUUGUUUCAAGAUGCUUUUGUUUCAAAGGAAGCACGUCUAAGAUGCUUUUGUUUCAAGAUGAAUUUUCAAGAUGAAGGUCUCUAAUGCCGCCUCGACCACUACGCCAACUCCUGCGGCCACUACGCCAACUCCUGCGGCCACACCGGCCCCUGCGGCCACUACGCCACCUCCCUCGGGUGGGGGCGGAAGUGGCUCUUCCUCGUCUGAUGACGACGAUGGUCUCAGCGGUGGUGCCAUUGCUGGGAUCAUCAUCGCCGUUCUUGUCGUCAUUGCCGGAGGAGCUGGCGCAGCUUACUUCUUUCUCGUUGUCCAAAAAGGUUCUGCUGCGGGAACAUCCUCUGCUGCAGCAGCAGCAUCCUCCACAGCUGCAUCUUCUGCUGCCGAUGACGCCAAGAAGGAGGAGGACGACUGGACCGGUGUACCUUUAGGGGACGGAAAGGGAAGUGCUCCGGUGGACAUGAAAAACAUUCAACUGACUGAGGUGCCCCACGACCACAAAUGCGCGAUGGGCGACGCUCCGCAAGCGAAGAAAAUCGCAAAACCUAAGAGGAAGUUAAGUCAAAAGUAAAGGUCGUGAGGAGACAGGUAGGGGGGGGUGAAGGUCACCUAACAAGUACUUGUGAAAGGGAAGAUUGCUCAACAAGUAACGCAGAAAGGGAAUAGGAGGUGACUUACUUAGCAAGUAAAGGUCGUGAAAGUGGGGAGAAGGUCUUCACUCAAGAAGAACAACUUAGACUUUCGAUUUUAUGACUGAAAGGGUAAGAGGUCUUCACUUAACAAAUCAUGAUUUUAGUCUCUGCGGUAAAUACGACAAUGAACAUCAACGAAACUGCGAGGGUGCACGAUAUACGAUUGAAAUAUGAACGAACUUGUCGUAAAACUAGAAUGAAUAGGGGACGAUUAAGGUUUUUUUCAAUUUCAAUACUUGCUUCAACAGCAACACUAGUUAGCAUGUAUCGUAAUGAGCAUAUUCGAGUUUUUUUCCGAAAAAACAGAGGAUAAAAGUGAAACAUCGUCAAUAUCUUCCUUUGAUGCUAAAAUUAUUUUGGCAUCAUGCACUGGAGCCGCGCUUGGAGCCUCGCAUCUUUAUGAGGAGGACCCUCAUGAUUGAUAACUAUUAGGACAAUCAAUCAAUUACUAUUUCCACGCACGACAUCAAUGAUAAUGUAAAUGAUUGGUAGCUCGAACUAGGACAAUUACUAUUGCAAAUGCCAGGCACAUCAUAAAAUGCAAAUUAGACUAGAACUACCUAGUAGUUACUCAGCUAGUUGUUUAACUUGUUACAGCAUGGAAGCUUCCUAGGAAAUCAGACGCUAGCACUAAUAAUUUUGCACUAGAUCUUGCACUUCAUUGGAUUUGUAUAAUCUCGAUGGAGGACCACGAGAAGCGCCCUGGUUUUAUAGCGGGAAAGGAACAAACAGGCUCGUGAUGCACACCCCAAAUUCAUUGCUUACUGACCACUCCGAUGAAAAUAAAGAGUCACGAAAUCAACGAACUAUUCGAGUACUAAAAGGGCUGCUUUUAAGAUAAAUCGCAAUUCACCACCAACUACACACCUACAAUCAAAAUACACACCUACAAUCAAGAAUAAAAAAGAUCGGUAACUUCGUACAAGAACAUAUCAAUGUAUUGAAAAAAAAUACCAAAUACUUAUCAAUGUAUUGAAAAAAAAUACCAAAUACUAAACGAAGAAACUCGUGGGAAAAAAUCAAGGAAGACAAGGGAGAUAACAUUUAUGAGUACUAACUAUGUCAACAUCUCUCCUAAUAUCAACAUGCUUACCUACCUAUGAAGUGAAAAUGUACUAGAGACUGGAACUGUAAUUUUUCAAAAAAUCAAAAGAAGGGUCGCCGAACAGCAUUAGUCUCCAUCUAGUUGCAUAUGGAUAUGGCGAGAGCUCCUCUCUGAACAUCAACGAUACCCAUAACAAAAUCCAUACAUGAUUCGCAGACAAAGGGGCUACACAAUUGCGACUUGCUUCGAAAAUAUGAAUUCGGGACUGCAAAACACGU